CGUCGGUCGAAGAAGCGAACACAACGCGGCUGCGCAUGCGCGUGGAUCAUGUACGGAUCGGACGUGCCUAAAAUUCGCAAUUCAAAUAUUGCCUGAAGAACGGUGACCAUAAAAGAGUUCUACCGCAAGUGACAAGUGACACAUAGACAAACAAAUUUAAAUUUAUAUCCCCAAACCAAAAAAGCAUGCGUGAACGCAGUCAAACGACCCCAAGAAGGCGUCGAGCGGGUCCCAAACAGGCCUUACCACCCGGCAGCUCCUCCGAGGGGGUGGGCGCCCUCGAAUCCCCCUACUACACCAUUGACAACACGGAGGAUAUUUAUGGCACCACCUUGCUGCCCUCGCAGCGCUGCUAUGUGGAUCCCUGGGAUCUGGAGAACUAUGAUUAUGUGCGCAAGAAGAUCGAUGAUGUCACCGGUCAGGAGGCGGUUGAACCCGCCUACGGGGGCGUAGGGGGUAACUCCCUGACCCCCAGUCCCACUUAUGGUUAUGGAAUGGGAGUGGGCGGAGGAGUGGGAGUGGGCAUGUCCGCCACAAUGCCACGACCCCACACCCAAAGCCGUCGUGUGUCGCGUGCUCAAUGCCAACUGGAGUGCUGUGUGCCCCAGAGGACUCGUCGCCGAAGCCGCAGUGCCCGCAAGGAGCCACUCUAUACGGCCAGGAGCGAUAUCUAUGGGGCGCCCAGUCGCUAUGAGGACUACAUGGCCACCAUGACCAGGCAGUUGCAGUUGGACAACGGCCAGGAGGAGGAGGAGGAGGUGGAGCCGGAGGACCUUUAUGGCGAGGAGCAGCAACAACUGUACAAUGGCUUCGGAGGCUUCUCCAGUGCCAGUUCCACGGAGCACCCCUCCUCAAUAGGGGAUGAACGGCCCCUGCCCCAACGAAGAGCGGCCACCCUGCAGCGUCGCUCGGUUCCCAGUCAGAUUAACAAGAGCAACAACAACAUCGGAGGGGGCUAUGGAACUGCCCCCCAUCCGAGGCGCAAGCGAAGCGGUAAGACGGCGCCCCUGUGCGCCCCACCGCAGAUCGAUUUUCCCGCCCCGCCGCCACUUUCGCCCGCCUACGACUAUUGCAAUCCCUACGCUACACUGCCGUACUGCAGCAUACCGGAUUGCAGUGAAUGUCAGCAGCAAAUCUACGCCGCACCUUCCACCCUCUACGGAACCAUGGGCGGCGGCGGAGGAGGAGGAAGGGAUGGGUCCCGGGCCAGGGGCUCUUCACCCCAUUCCAGCGGCGGCGACUCGUCGCUCUACUCGGGAAUUUACGCCCGUAAAUUCGGACUGAGCAAGAAGGGUCUGCUGCAGAUCGACUACUCGUGCAGUUGGAACGACUUGGACAGGGUGAUGCAGCGCCAUUUUUGAGAUCCACGGGUCAUUGGCCUUCGGGUGCUUGGGAUAGGGUUACACACCAUCACGUUUGCACCGACCAGCGAACAGAAACAUUAUUGUACUUAAGUCAUUUUGCAUAUAAAAUAAAAAACCACAACACACAUACACACACAAGACCAAAUAACUUAACAUGUUUGUCGUA